UCACAAACACAAAGAGAGAAGCGCAAUAUACUGAGCAGUAGAGAGUGGAGGAAAGAGAGAGGGGGAAAAAAGACAGAAGUCAGGAUUGAGACUUGAGAGAGAACAUCAUUGAGGGAGAGAACAUCAUUUGUCAGGUGUUGUUCUUUCCUGACAAAGUGGCCAGAAUUAUUAUCACAGUCGUCGUAAGCUAGAGUAACAAUCCAUCUGGAGGGUUUGAAAAGUGGCUACCGAGUGUUAUGGUGAGGAACAUGGAUUCAAUCAAGUUACCAGUUGGCAGGUCAGUCUUUGCUAACCAGUGUGUCAGAGGGAGAGAGAGAGGGGCUGGGUGUGAGUAAGCAGUUAUCACAGGAUUUUCAACUGGUUCUAUGGCAAGUUACAGUCAAAGAGAGCCGCGAGCUUAGAGGAUUGUAAACGGGCAACAGUACCGUUAUAGCAAUCGUGUUUGUAGUAGAAGAGAGUAGUGUUAGUGUGGGGAAGGAGGACCAGUGAGAGUGUACGAGUUAAAAAGACAGAGAGCGGGAGUUAACUGAAAUAGCAGCAAGAGGGUAUAUCAUUAUCAUCAUCAGUCCACCAUGGCGUCAGCUGCUCUAGAACUGAUGGGCUUCUUCAUGGGUCUGCUAGGCAUGCUGGGUACCCUGGUGUCCACAGUGCUUCCCUACUGGCGGACAUCUGCCCACAUCGGGCCAAACAUCGUCACUGCCGUGGCCAAUAUGAAGGGCCUCUGGAUGGAGUGUGUCUACCAGAGCACCGGAGCCUUCCAGUGUGAGACCUACAACUCCAUGCUGGCCUUACCCUCAGACCUCCAGGCCUCCCGGGCCCUGAUGGUGGUCUCCGUGGUCUUUUCCGUCCUGGCCGUCGUCAUCUCCACCGUGGGCAUGCAGUGUACCAUCUGCAUGGAGGGCUCCGCGGCUAAAGGCCGAGUGGCCGGUACUGGGGGAGGCCUCUUCCUGACCGCGGGGUUCCUGGCUCUGAUCCCGGUGUCGUGGACCACCCACGAGGUUGUCCAGACCUUCUACCAAGCCAACCUGCCCAGCAGCCUGAAGUACGAGCUGGGGGACUGUCUGUACGUGGGGCUGGCCGCCGCCCUGCUCUCCAUGCUGGGCGGGGGGCUGCUGUGUGUCUCCUGCUGUGAGACGGCGGAUGGGGGGCGCCGUGGAGGGAGGAGGCAUGGCGGAGGGUACCCCUACCCAGCCCCGGGCAUGGGGGUAGGCACUGGGAGGGCCAGGACCAGCUCACAGACCUAUAGGAACCCAACGCUACAGAUGGGGGUGAACGCUGCCACCAAGGCAGCGACCCUGGCAAGGAGUCACACCAGCACUACUACCCAGUCCAGCACCCCCGCCCAGGGGGCCAAGAAAGACCCACGCCGCAACCCUGCGGUGGGCUACGAUGUCACUGGGUACGUCUGAUCGUGUUCAGGCCAAUGUUAACAUUCACACACACAUCACGCUGUCUCUUCUAUACAGUAUGUGGUGCAGAGCAUGACCAACCCAACAACUUGCUAAGGUAACUGACUGUUAUCUUUUACAAUUAACUGAUCAGGGGACUUUUAGUGCCACACUACCGUACAGGAAGACUUUUGGCUCCUCGCAAUGGAAAUCAGAGAGACUUGUAGUGCUUGACCAUGCAUACAGUACUGUAGUGACUGAACGAACUGAGUAUGAUUUAUACACCCUUUGAUAGAUUUACUAUUGAAAAUGGAUUUAUUGCAGGAACAUCUGUCUUGAUGUGAUUACUCUGAGGUGUUCGCUCCAUCUCUAUUUUUUUGCUCUACGACCCCCACAAGCCUCAUCUGAAGGUAGCCCGGUACCAGUUGAGAAAAUUAAUGGAAGUAUGUAAUGGUGGUUUAGUGCCCCAGAAAAUGUGUUAAAUAUUGCAAAAAAAUAUACGCAUGUAUAAUCAUUUCCUGAUCUGUCUUAUAUCUCUCAGAUGCAGGACAGACACUUUAAAACAAAUGUCCUUUUGAUAUUUUUUUUCUGUUUUUCCAUGUA